UAAUCACUAUAUCAUUUACAUUUUAGCCGCACUCCGGGGUUUAGCUGCAGGAAGGGAGGAGAGGGAUAAUCCAUAAACUUUUCCGGCAAAGCUCUGGUCAAGCAUUCUUCGGUUGCCACAGCACCCCUGUUUCCCCCGUUCUUCCAUAAGCUAUUAGAGAAAUUUGUAUAAACGGAGAAGAAACGAGAUAUCUAAGCUCCACUCUCCAUUGCUAGUAUUGUCGAUUUCAAAACCAGCAUUUAAAGUUUGAAAAUUUCCUAAAUAUUGCACAAUUCUAACCCUAUAAGUUUGUUUUGCGCCCCCUGUGAUUGGCGUUCAAUCCACGCAUUCAUCUUCAUCAAAUUUUCAAAGCAAAGAAUAUGUCAGAAGCAGAUAAGAAGGUCGAAACCCAGGAGGAUCUGGAGCGUAAGAAGAAGAAAGAGGAAAAGGCCAGGGAAAAGGAACUGAAGAAACUCAAGGCAGCCGAGAAAGCAGCUAAAUUUAAGGCACAACAAGAAUCGAGUAAUGCUUCAAAAAAGGGUGCUGCUAAAAAGAGUGCCAGGCGAGAGGUUGGAGGUGAAGAGAAUCCAGAGGAUUAUGUUGACCCUGAGACUCCAUUUGGUGAGAAGAAGAAGCUUUCUGCUCAAAUGGCAAAACAAUACAAUCCAACGGCUGUAGAGGGAUCAUGGUAUGCAUGGUGGGAAAAAUCUGGUUAUUUUACAGCUGAUGCAAAAAGCUCCAAACCACCAUUUACCAUAGUUCUUCCCCCUCCAAAUGUGACUGGGGCCCUACAUAUAGGCCAUGCCCUUACAGCUGCUGUAGAGGAUACGAUUAUUCGUUGGCGGAGAAUGUCUGGAUAUAAUACAUUGUGGGUACCUGGUGUAGAUCACGCUGGAAUAGCAACACAGGUGGUUGUGGAGAAGAAGUUAAUGCGUGAACGCCACUUAACCAGACAUGAUAUUGGUCGUGAGAAAUUUGUAUCUGAGGUCUGGAAGUGGAAGGAGGAGUAUGGGGGUACCAUCCUGGGACAGCUGCGCCGUUUGGGUGCUUCUCUUGAUUGGUCUCGUGAGUGUUUUACAAUGGAUGAAAAAAGAUCGAAGGCUGUGAUAGAGGAAUUUGUUCGGCUAUAUGAGGAUCAUCUCAUUUAUAGGGAUUAUCGGUUAGUGAAUUGGGAUUGCACCUUACGAACUGCCAUAUCUGAUAUUGAGGUAGAUUAUACUGACAUCAGAGAGAAGACACUGUUGAAGGUCCCUGGUUAUGAUAAGCCAGUGGAAUUUGGUGUUUUAACAUCAUUCGCUUAUCCUCUGGAAGGAGGCUUAGGAGAAAUUGUUGUUGCCACUACUAGGGUGGAAACAAUGCUUGGCGAUACUGCUAUUGCCAUACAUCCUGAUGAUCAAAGGUACAGUCAUCUACAUGGCAAAUUUGCAAUUCACCCAUUUAAUGGAAGAAAACUCCCAAUAAUUUGUGAUGCUGUUCUUGUUGAUCCCAAUUUUGGUACUGGUGCUGUCAAGAUCACUCCAGCACAUGACCCAAAUGAUUUCGAGGUUGGAAGACGUCAUAAACUUGAAUCUAUCAAUAUAUUUACUGAUGAUGGUAAGAUUAAUAGCAAUGGUGGCUCAGAAUUCACUGGGAUGCCACGUUUCAAGGCCCGUGAAGCAGUGACAGAAGCAUUACAGAACAAGGGAUUAUAUAGAGGUGCUAAAAACAAUGAAAUGCGACUUGGGCGUUGUUCAAGAAGUAAUGAUGUUGUGGAGCCAAUGAUAAAGCCCCAAUGGUUUGUUAACUGCAGUAGUAUGGCAAAGCAGGCUCUUGAUGCAGCAACUGAUAAUGAAAAUUUAAAGCUUGAAUUCUUUCCUAAACAAUAUUUGGCCGAUUGGAAAAGGUGGCUUGAGAAUAUACGUGAUUGGUGCAUAUCAAGGCAGCUUUGGUGGGGUCACCGCAUUCCUGCAUGGUAUAUUACGCUUGAGGAUGACAAAUCGAAGGAAUUUGGUACCUACAAUGAUCAUUGGGUGGUUGCUAGAGAUGAGAAGGAAGCUUUUGCUAGGGCUAGUAAGGAAUUUGCUGGAAACAAAUUUGAGAUGGGCCAAGAUCCUGAUGUCCUUGACACUUGGUUUUCUUCUGGUCUGUUUCCAUUGUCUGUAUUGGGUUGGCCAGAUGAUACUGAUGAUUUUAAAGCAUUUUACCCGACAUCGGUACUUGAAACUGGGCAUGACAUUCUAUUUUUCUGGGUUGCCCGGAUGGUUAUGUUAGGGAUUAAACUGGGAGGUGAUGUGCCAUUUAGUAAGGUUUAUCUGCACCCUAUGAUUCGGGAUGCGCAUGGCCGUAAGAUGUCAAAGUCAUUGGGAAAUGUCAUCGAUCCUCUGGAAGUAAUAAAUGGGAUAACUCUUGAAGGUCUUCACAAACGACUAGAGGAGGGUAACUUGGAUCCAAAUGAGUUGGUUGUAGCGAAAGCUGGACAGAAGAAGGACUUCCCUAAUGGUAUAGCUGAAUGUGGUGCAGAUGCUCUCCGGUUUGCUCUUGUUUCUUAUACAGCUCAGUCUGAUAAAAUUAAUUUGGACAUUCAAAGAGUUGUUGGGUAUCGUCAAUGGUGUAACAAAUUGUGGAAUGCUGUUCGAUUUGCCAUGAGCAAACUUGAAAAAAAUUAUGUCCCUCCUUCGAGUUUGGUUGUGGAUUCUUUGCCUUUUAGCUGCAAGUGGAUACUUUCAGUACUUAACAAAGCGAUAUCCAAAACUAUUUCGGCAAUGAAUUCGUAUGAGUUUUCGGAUGCUGCCACCUCAGUGUAUUCAUGGUGGCAAUAUCAGUUUUGUGAUGUUUUCAUUGAAACAAUCAAGCCUUACUUCACUGGAGAUGAUCCAGCAUUUGCCUCUGCGAAGAACUCUGCACAAGACACUCUUUGGGUGUGUUUGGACAAUGGCCUGCGAUUGCUUCACCCAUUUAUGCCUUUUGUGACGGAGGAAUUGUGGCAGCGACUGCCUUCAGCAGGGGGCCAUACAAGAAAUGAGUCAAUUAUGAUAUCUGAAUACCCAUCAACUGUGGAAGCCUGGACAAAUGAAAGGGUGGAAUAUGAAAUGGAUCUUGUUGAGUCUACUGUGAAGUGUAUAAGGUCUCUGAGAGCUGAGGUGCUUGGCAAGCAAAAGAAUGAAAGACUACCAGCUUUUGCAUUUUGCCAGGGUGAUGCAGUAGCAGAAAUUAUUAAUAGCCGGAAAUUGGAGAUUUUAACUCUUGCGACUAUAUCAUCUUUAAAGGUAUUAUUGAGUGGGAAUGAUGCUCCUCCAGUUGGAUGUGCAUUUGAGAAUGUCAAUGAGAACCUUAAAGUUUAUCUCGAGGUUCAAGGAAAAGUUGAUGCAGAAGGAGAGCUUGAAAAGAUCAGAAAUAAAAUGGAUGACAUAAAAAAGCAAUGGGACAAAUUGGAUAAGAUAGUAAAUGCAAAUGGCUACAAAGAAAAAGUACCAUCUCAUAUUCAGGAGGAAAACAUUGAAAAGCUGACCAAACUUCUUCAGGAGCUGGAAUUCUUUAAAACUGAGAGCUCUCGACUUGAAGCUGAGGUAAAAAGUGGGGGUCAAUAGAUUUCAGCUUCAAAACUUAUCAAUUGAGUUUACGGAACAAUUAGAGAGAGAGUUGAAGAGAGCAAAGGAGGGGAAGACAAUGGGGGUAUGAAAAGGUAGUUUUAAGGUAUAACAAAGAUUGGGUUGGCAUUUUGUUCCCCUAGGCAAUUGCCAUGCCUCUUUCAAACAUUUAUAUAUUGGAUUCCCUUUGCACAAUCAGAUUAAUUUUAGCUCUACCCAGUUCCAGGGUCGGCCAAUAGUUCUGAAGUUGCUCAUUUUCAAAA